UUGGACCGCAGCACCCAGAGGUGCCGGUCGGGAUGAACUAGUCAGCCGGGGCGGUGUUCACUAAACCAUGGACGUGCUGGAGUACCUGGAGGAGGCGGCCCGCGGGCUGGCCGACCUGGCCAUGUUCCCCUGCUUUGACGUGGCGCACUACGUGGUGUCCGUCAUGGCUCUGCGCGAGCAGCCAGGAGCUCUGGAGGUGUCCAGAGUCAGCCCCCUGGCCUGCUGGUUCAGCUCCAUGCUCUACUGCUUCGGGGGGGCCGUGCUGUCGGGGAUCAUGCUGGCCGAGCCCCCGGUAGCUCCUCUGUCCAACGGCACCGGCGUUCUGCUGGCUUCCAUCAUCUGGUACCUGAUCUUCUACUGCCCCAUGGACGUGGCGUACGGUUGUGCGGCCGUGCUGCCGCUCCGGCUGGUGCUGUCGGGGAUGAAGGAGGUGACCCGGACCUGGAAGGUGCUGGGCGGCGUCGUCCAGGCCCGCGGGAAGUACAAAGACAGCCUGCUGGUCAUGAUCGCCAUCGGCUGGGCCAGAGGGGCCGGCGGGGGCCUCAUCAGUAAUUUUGAGCAGCUUGUUCGAGGUGUCUGGAAGCCGGAAACCAACGAGCUCCUUAGGAUGUCCUAG